AUGACCACAAUCAGCACCAAGGUUGAAUCGAAAGACUUGAAUGGAUUGUCCUUAAUCGCAGCCCACUCCCACAUCUCAGGCUUGGGCCUCGAUGACAAUCUCCAGCCCAAGGAGAACGCCCAAGGAAUGGUUGGUCAAAUCAAGGCAAGAAAGGCAGCUGGGGUCAUUUUGAAAAUGAUCCAGGCUGGAAAAAUUGCCGGUAGAGCCGUUUUGGUCGCUGGCCCUCCAUCCACCGGUAAAACAGCCAUUGCCAUGGGAUUAUCUCAGAGCUUGGGAGCUGAGGUGCCUUUCACGGCCAUUGCUGGGUCGGAAAUCUUCUCGUUAGAGUUGUCCAAGACUGAGGCUUUGACUCAGGUGUUCAGAAAGUCCAUUGGUAUCAGAAUCAAGGAAGAAACCGAAAUUAUCGAAGGUGAAGUGGUCGAGAUCCAGAUUGACAGAUCUAUCACCGGAGGCCACAAGCAAGGAAAGUUGACCAUCAAGACCACAGACAUGGAGACCAUCUACGAGUUGGGUAACAAGAUGAUCGAGGGCUUGACCAAGGAAAAGGUGUUGGCCGGAGACGUUAUCUCCAUCGACAAGGCGUCGGGAAAGAUCACCAAAUUGGGUAAAUCGUUCACCAGAGCCAGAGACUACGACGCCAUGGGUCCUGAGACCAAGUUUGUUCAGUGUCCAGAGGGUGAGUUGCAGAAGAGAAAGGAGGCAGUCCAUACCGUCUCGUUACACGAAAUAGACGUGAUAAAUUCCAGACAACAAGGAUUUUUGGCGUUGUUUUCCGGUGACACCGGUGAAAUCAGAGCCGAGGUUCGUGAGCAGAUCAACACCAAGGUGGCAGAAUGGAAGGAAGAAGGCAAGGCCGAGAUCAUUCCCGGUGUUUUGUUCAUUGACGAGGUCCACAUGUUGGACAUCGAGUGUUUCUCAUUCAUAAAUAGGGCGUUGGAAGACGACUUUGCCCCCAUCGUGAUCAUGGCCACCAACAGAGGUAUCUCCAGAACCCGUGGUACCAACUACAAAUCCCCCCACGGAUUGCCCAUCGAUUUGUUGGACAGAUCCAUCAUCAUCCACACCUCGUCAUACUCCCAGGAUGAAAUCAGAACCAUUUUGUCCAUUCGUGCCAGUGAGGAGGAGAUUGAGUUAUCCGCCGAUGCCUUGGCGUUGUUGACCAAGAUCGGCCAAGAAACCAGUUUGAGAUAUGCCUCCAACUUGAUUUCUGUAUCGCAGCAAAUUGCUCUUAAGAGAAGAAGCAACACCGUGGACCUUCCAGACAUCAAGAGGGCUUACACCUUGUUCUUGGACUCCGACAGAUCCGUGCAGUACUUGGAGGAGUUUUCUUCGCAGUUUAUUGACGAUAACGGGCAGGUUACCAUUGGAGAAAAGAAGAACGAUGAUAAGAUGGAAACCGAUUAA